AUGCUCCAGAAGAAUCAGGCAUAUCACCGCAGCAUCAUGCUACUACCAUCGACGCAACUUCUAUUACCAACACUGCGAAUUCUUCGGCUAUUGAAACUACCUAUAUCAUUUACCGCUCUUGUGCUUAUCAUAUUUCUAAUAUUGUAUGUUCCAUUUACUAGUGCUAGACAUCACAAAAUUCAUUUUGGAAACCUGUGCAAAGAGCCUACUGAUUUGAAUUGGAGGUUAUUUCGAUGGUUUGCUGAAACUUCCGAAUCCGAAAUUCUGGAAAUUGGUGAUGAAGACUGGAAUCCACCAGUGCCAGAAUCGAGCUUUUGUAAUGCUAAACCAAUAACAGGCAUUAAUUCUACAACAAUGCAACGAUCUCUAUGUCCAUGGCAGUGGAAAUUGAAUCAUGAUGAAAAUCGUGAGCCAAAGAUAAUUUCUGAAGCACAAUGUUUAUGUCGUCGUAGUCGUGGAACCUCAGGCUCGUAUUGUAUGCCAAUUAAAAGGCAGAUAGCUGUAUUAAAGCGGAUUCGAUGUGAUCCAGCAACAGGCUACUACGAAUACACUCGGGCACUCCAAACCGUAACUGUAGGAUGUCAUUCGGUACUUCCAAGAAGUCAAAAAGCCAGUCCUUUGGCAAAAUUGUAUAGAAAAACUAAUACUAUUGAAAUUUAA